UUUAACCAAACCGGAAUCGUCAGAACGAAAUUAGUUCUGCAAACUAAUUGUUGUUAAUAAUGUUAAAUUUUAGAAAGUCGAAUCAAUCAAAUGGGAAAAAAAUCCAAACUAUAAUUUGGUUUUAGCUUCUGUCAUAUUGGUAAAACUGACUAAAUAAAAGAAAAUAAACCGGAAACCAAACCGUAAAUCAAUUUUGAAAUCGCCCUAUUGAUAAUCUUACCACUUUUUAUGAUCCGGAUAAGUUUUGCAUCCCGAGAAACGAUCAAUUUCCGAGAAAACGAACCAAAAGUAAGAGGAAGAGUCCACCUCCGAAAGACUCUAAUGGCAGCCACGAGACGGUUGCUUCACCGUGUGUCUACCAGAAUUUCUACCGCCGGAGCACGACGGAGCUAUGGCGGCCUGCCGCAGUCGAACUCCAAAUCUCCGUCUUCUUCUCAGCAAUUGAUGGAAUUGGAAUCCGAAUUCAGCGCCCACAAUUACCAUCCUGUUCCUGUUGUGUUUUCUCGCGGAAAUGGCUCAACUAUAUGGGACCCUGAAGGAAAAAAAUACAUCGAUUUCCUUGCAGCUUACUCUGCAGUUAAUCAGGGACAUUGUCAUCCUAAGAUCGUGAAGGCAUUGCAGGAACAAGUGGAGAAGCUCACUUUAAGCUCACGAGCAUUCUAUAACGACAAAUUCCCGAUAUUCGCAGAGCGUCUCACGAACAUGUUUGGUUAUGAGAUGGUUCUUCCUAUGAACACCGGAGCUGAAGGUGUCGAGACCGCUUUGAAAAUCGCAAGAAAAUGGGGUCACGAGAAGAAAAACAUUCCCAAAGAUGAGGCUAUAAUCGUCUCUUGUUGUGGUUGCUUUCAUGGUCGUACAUUAGCAGUUAUUUCAAUGAGUUGUGACAAUGAUGCUACGCGUGGAUUCGGGCCAUUGUUGCCUGGGAAUCUUAAAGUUGAUUUCGGUGACGCUGAUUCACUUGAGAAAAUCUUUAAAGAGAAAGGAGAUAAAAUAGCAGGGUUUCUUUUCGAGCCUAUUCAAGGCGAAGCUGGAGUUGUGAUUCCUCCUGAUGGUUAUCUGAAAGCUGUUAGAGAGCUCUGUACAAAACACAACGUUUUGAUGAUCGCUGAUGAAGUACAAAGCGGUCUAGCGAGAUCCGGGAAGAUGUUAGCUUGUGACUGGGAAGAAAUCCGUCCUGACAUGGUGAUACUUGGGAAAGCAUUAGGAGGAGGAGUGAUUCCAGUAAGUGCAGUGCUUUCUGAUAAACAUGUGAUGCUUCAUAUCAAACCUGGCCAACACGGAAGCACAUUUGGUGGGAACCCUUUAGCUAGUGCUGUAGCUAUGGCUUCUUUAGACGUUAUCGAAGAAGAAAAACUUGUUGAAAGAUCAGCAAGACUUGGAGAAGAGCUAAGGAUUCAAUUGAAUGAGAUCAAGAAACAGUUUCCUAAUGAGAUAAAAGAAGUACGAGGAAGAGGAUUGUUCAAUGCGGUUGAGUUCAACAGCGAGAGCUUAUCUCCGGUUUCAGCUUAUGAUAUUUGCUUAAGCUUGAAGGAGAGAGGAGUAUUGGCUAAACCGACUCACAACACCAUUGUCCGGUUAACUCCACCUCUCUCCAUAAGCUCUGAUGAACUCCGAGAAGGCUCUAAGGCUCUUCAUGAUGUUCUUGAGGUCGAUCUUCCAAAUCUGAGGAAAAUUAAUGCCGGUAAAACCCCGGUAUCUCAUUUAACCGAGUGCGAUCGCUGCGGAAGAAGCCUCUAUGCUUGAACCAGAUCGGAAUUUGAUUAGGAUGAUCUGGUUUAAUUUGAUUGUUUGUUGUUAAAUGGUUGUAUCUUGUGAUUUCACAGGACACAAAACUGGUUCGGUAUAGAAAAUAUAGAAUAGGUGUAAGGCCGAACCGGAUUACACCGAGCUCGGUAGAAAUAACUCUGGUUUACUGGUUUGGCAUUGAAUAAAACCGAUUUGGCUGUUUGCAUUUA